UAUCAAAAUCAUACAUACAUACGUACAUACAUACAUCCAUGCGUGUUUUCUGUGUCCUUAAUUACAUAGUAUCAGAGCACAAGUGAUUUUGUAAAACGAGUGGAACUUGCUAGGAAGGAAGGAAAAAGGGUUUUCUCUUUCGAACAUUUUGUUUAUCAUUUGGAUUCGUUCUCUUUCUUUUUCUUUUAUUUGCUUUAUAUCGAUAAUCAAAGAGGGAGAAAAAAAAAAGAACAUAGAUCUGAAAUGAAGGUCAUUUAGUUAAGUUGUCAAUCCAAUCAAAUCAGUCAAUCAAAAACUCAACCAAUUAGAACCACAAAGUCGAAGAAAGGGAAUCGUAAAAAAAAAAAAAAAAAGGAAAUAGAGGGCACAAAUUGUUAAAUAUGUCAUCUUCUUCCCUUCCUACUACUUUCUCUCAACUUCCUCCUCCUUCCGACCAGCUUUGCUACGUUCAUUGUAACAUUUGCGACACAGUUCUAGCGGUGAGUGUUCCUUCUACUAGUUUGUUCAAAAGGGUUACUGUUCGCUGUGGCUAUUGUGCCAAUCUUCUGCCAGUGAGCAUGUGUGGUGGAAUGCUUCUCCCUUCUCCAAGUCAAUUUCAUGGCUUCACUCACUCAACCACUUUUUUCUCUCCCAAUACUCACAAUUUCUUGGAAGAGAUCUCAAAUCCAAAUCCAAAUUUUUUGAUGAACCAAACAGAAGGAAUUGAUUUAACCAUGGCCACUCGUGUACCUAAUGAUGUUCCAAGGCAACCUCCGACCAUAAAUAGACCACCAGAAAAGAGACAAAGGGUACCCUCUGCUUACAACCGAUUCAUCAAGGACGAGAUCCAACGCAUUAAGGCUGCUAAUCCAGACAUCUCUCAUCGAGAAGCCUUCAGUGCCGCUGCUAAGAAUUGGGCUCAUUUCCCUCACAUUCGAUUUGGUUCUUCCUCCUGAAAUAUCACACUGUGCCAAAGAGAGAGACAAACAAUGGCUUGAGCAGGAAGGAGAGAGACAUAGUGUUGAAAGAUGAUCAAUUUUUCAGUUCAACUAAGUGGGAGUUUUCCUUUUUAUAUAUAUAUAUAUAUAUAUAUAUAUAUAUAUUUAAUUAUGAAGAUUGAAUCUUUGUGUUUUUGAAGGCAACAAAUGGGGAGAGAAAUCUUGAGGUUUCCAAAUGGCUACCUUUCAGAGUUCUCUCUUUUAAUCUAAAGUCUCUAUGCUCUUUGUAUUAUCAAUUAUUGUGUUUAAGCCUAUACUCUAUCAACCUAUUUUAGAAGUUAGAACGUUUGUUUACUUUAUAUAUAUUUGUUAGUAUCCAAAGUUAGUAUCCAACGACUACUCGUCAGUUUUAUUUAUA